AUGGAGAUCUUGAGCAACAAAAAAGUUCGGUCAUACGGUCAUAUAAGGCAUGACGAGAUCUCUAAGCUUAUUAGAUCUAUUCGAUCACAUGGAGAACCAUUCAACGUGACCAACAUGUUAUUAUCAUAUACAAGUUCAGUCACAGCUAGAGCAGCUUUUGGUGGGAUGUUGAAAGAGCAAGACACUUUGAUAAGUUUCAUGAAGAUAGGAGUAGCCUUCGCAGGGGGAUUUGAAUUGGCCGAUUUGUACCCAUCAUUAAAGUUCCUUCAAAUUCUCAGUUGGAAUAAACAUCAACUGUUGAAGAUGCGUCGUAAGCUCGACUCAAUUCUUGAUGUCAUGCUCAAUGAGCAUAAACAUAAGUUAGCUAGAGAGAAAAGAGACAAUGGGGAGUUGGUUAGUGAAAACAUAGUAGAUGUUCCCCUCCAAAAGCAACAAAGUGAGGAUCUUGAUGUUCCAAUAACCGAUGAUGACAUCAAAGCAACAAUCUUCGAUAUGUUUAUGGCCGGAACUGAAACUUCAUCCACAACAUUCGAUUGGGCGAUGACAGAAUUGAUGAGAAAUCCAUGA